UAACACACGGGAUGACUGUUUACUAUAUAUUUUUCUUUUCUUUUUAGCAUCUGUGUCCUUUAGAGAUGAGGCUCAUUUGUUUGACUUUGCUGAUUAUUAGUGGAAUUACAGAUUCAAGAUCAGAGCAGUAUGAAGUCGUGGGAGCUGCAGGUCCUGUGUUUGCUGUAGCUGGUGAAGAUGUGAUUCUGCCCUGUUCAGUCAAAUCCAGCAUCAGUGUUGUGGACAUGAGAGUGGAGUGGUUUAGAUCUGAUAUGAAAGUCAAUCAACUAGUGCAUCUCUAUGAGGAUCAUGUAGACAGAAACACAGAUCAGAUUCAGUCCUACAGAGGGAGAACAAAACUGGAUCAUCAAGAACUAAAGAGAGGAGAGGCAUCACUCAAACUCUCAUCAGUCCGAGUCUCUGAUGAAGGACUUUAUAAGUGUUUUAUUCAGUCCAGAUCCUGGUUUGAUGAUGCCACUGUUAAUGUCAGUGUUGAAGCUAUAGGGCGUCCUCCGGUGAUCACUGUAGAUGGGUUUGAUCAUUCAGGAGGGCUUCAUCUACAGUGUGAAUCUGAAGGUUGGUAUCCUGAACCUGAUCUUGAGUGGCUGAACAGUGAAGGAGUCCGUUUGAGUUCAGAAACAACAGAGAAACACAGAAACACAGACCGGUUCAGUGCGAAACACACCGUAACUGUAUAUGAGAGAGACAGCAAGAUUCACUGCAGAUUCAAACUGAAGCAUCACAUGCUGGAGGCACUGAUAAUCACCACAAGUAACAUGUUUAAUUCUUGGAGGACAUCAGUCAUCAUGAUUUCAGUUUUUGUUGUGCUCAGUGUGAUUGCUGGAAUACUGAUAGCUGCGUUUGCUCAUAAAUACAAAGAACACAUUCAACUACAGAAUGAACACAGUGAACUAAAGAGUGAGAAGAGGAGAAUACAGCAAGACUGUGAUCAACUUUUACAAAGUCUGAAGACAAUUAUUCCUAAAGUGAAUGUGAUUCUGGAUGCUGAUACGGCUCAACCUCGUCUCAUCGUGUCUGAUGAUGGGAAACAAUUGAAACUUGGAAACACACAAACAGAAGGAGUGGAUCGAGGAAAAGACAGAUUUAAUUAUUAUCUUGGUGUUCUUGGGAAGGAGGGAUUCUCCUCGGGGUGUUUCUACUUUGAGGUGCAGGUGACGGGACGAACAGAGUGGGAUUUAGGAGUGACCAGAGAAUCUGUUAAAAAGGGAUCGAUCUAUCUGAGUCCUGAGAAUGGAUACUGGAUCGUGGGACGGAGAGAUGGGGGAUAUCGAGCUCGUGAUUCUUCUGAUUACUCUCUUUCUCUGAGAGUGGAUCCUGAGAGGAUCAGUGUGUUUGUGGAUUAUGAGAAGGGUCUCGUCUCCUUUUAUGAUGUGAAGUCCAGCUCUCAUAUCUACUCUUACACUGAUCAGUCUUUUAAAGAGAAACUCUAUCCAUUUGUUAGUUUGGGGUAUUCCAGUAAUAAAGACUGCACUCCACUGAUCAUCUGUGAUGAUUAUGAGAUCAGUGAAUUUACACGAUCAACUGAAGUAAAAGAAGACGCAAUAAAAAGGGAGACAGCAAUAACUAGAUUUGAAGUUGGCUUGAGAAACAAGGCCAGAAAGUUUUAA